UCGUUUUUUUUCUACACUCACAGAAUCAAGAAGAAAUAAAACAAAAAAGAAACAGAACAAAAAUAUACAAAAAAGAUUACUUUAUUCAAUGUUGUCAUAGGUCUCUGUGUAUAUUUCUCUGCUGUUAUUUGUUCUUCUUAUUGCUGAUAUGAUAAAAGCAAAAAAAUAUUGAAGAAGUGAAGUGAUAUUCAAAAUUAAAUUGAAGAAGAAGAAAAAAAAAAUCUGUGAAAAUAUUACUUGUGCAUAGUAAGCAGUUAGCAGAUAGAAUUCCUCCUCGAGAGACGACAAAAAUAAUUUUCAAGAAUCAAAAUAAAUAGAAUAAAAAGAAGAAGAAUUCCGACGAAUACGUUCUCAUACUGCAAGUAGAAUAGAGAGUUUCUGUGUAAUAAAGAAAAGUAUAAAAUUUCAAAUACAACAAAAAAAUUUUUACUUGAGAUCCCACACGAACGAGAGAAUUUCUUCAAGAGAUAAAUAAUUGAAAAAAAAAAUAAGUUGAGAAGAAGACAAAAAUCAAUCGUGAUCGAAUUCAACGGGAUCUGCGAUCGAUCUUUAAUUGUGCUUAAUUCAAUUGUUUCGAGCAGUGAAUGAAGUAACAGUGCUUUGCUUUUCAUUUUUCUCUUUCUCUUCAAAUCAACACAACAACAACAACAACAAAAACUAAAACGGAUUAAACUAUUAUUACGUAAAAUAAAUACCUACAUAAAUAAAGAUGUCAGCGGGACUGAUGUCUUGUGUACGGGAAAACUCCCCGCCAAUGGGAAAUGAGUCACCAGCUAUGACAAUUAGCAUUGCUGGAACACAAUCUUCAUCAAAUACAGAUACAGAUACGGUGAAGCGUCGUCGUUUUCAUCCACUACGAAAUUUACGAAAAAUAUUUCGCAGACGCACAGUUUCGCAUGCUGAAACCCCGCAAAUUCACACCUUUGGUACCGUGAGUUCGUCCACGACAGACACCACGACAAUCAGUGGCAAAAGUGCUCAAAUUUCCGGUGGAUAUUUGUAUCUGAAGCGCGAUCACUCGACCGACGGUAUUGGACAUCGUGGCGGUAAUGCGGAAGACGAAUCAAGUGAUAUGGCGGAGAUAAGUGAUUGUCAGAGGAGCUUCAGUGAAGGACGAUUGAUAGAUAGUGACAUCAGUCGAGAACAUCUAUCACAGUCGCACGACAGUGUAUUUUCCGAGUCAGCUACAGCAAGCAGUUUAUCGAUAGUGCUAAAGGCUGAGUUGACAGAUGUGUUGCGCAAACGUGGAUUGCGCCAAGAAGCGUCCGAAGAAGAAGAUCUCGGCCUGCCACAGAGCCCCAACAGUCCAAAUCGCAAGGAAAAACAUCACAGCCAAGGUUCCUUGAGUUUGUUGAGUAUGACGAGUUCCGAUAUGGACGACGAACAUUCCUCGACGCGUCAAAAUACGACGUUUGACAGUUCGAGCUCGAGUUUCUUCAAUAAAUCGUCGGAUUAUUCGCAUGAUGAAGUUGAUCUUGAUCUUUCGUCAUCUUCCCGAUUGAGCCAUUCAGCAGCGCGUCACAAAUUGGCAGUGCGCCCCAAGAAAAAGGGUCCCAGUCGACCACGCAGAUCACGUGAACCGACAACUGUCUUGCCAUCCACUCCCGAGGUGAAUGAGGAAAAUUUAAAACAUGCCGCGUCAAAUUCUGACAUCACAGAUACGCCCACCAAGAAGCUUAAAUCACAAUCGUUGCCACGCGAAACGGAUUCCAAGCAGAUGUUUGCUUUCACAAAAUCCGAAAUUCGUCAAACGCCGCAAAAAACGACAAUUUACGUGAACAAAAAUAUUUCCAAAAGUCACGAUUUCGACAAACCCGUUGCCACGACAAGCAUCACAAUUGGCACAGCAUCGACAGUGACGACAAACACGACAACAACAACUUCCACGAAGAAAUCCGAGGAGAGUUUGAUCAAGAAAUUCUGGAGUCGCAACGUGAAAAAGUCCAAAGAGGACGUCAUGGAAGCGGAAGACGAGCAAGAAGAACGUGUCUCGGAAUGCAUGGAACAUAAAUCAAUUUUGCAAAUUAACACGGAAAAUACGGAUGUUCUCGUCAAGCCAAAGCCCAAAACUGGAGCUGCAGCUCGUCAACGUGUCGUUCCGCAGGAAAUCGAGGAGCCUGUGGUUAAAGAACGUGCUAGCAUCGUAAUUGGACAAAAAACGGAGGCAAAGUCGAAACCGAUCCCGAUUGCCAGAACGCACAUUGGAGCGAGUCCGGCACGCGUGAUUGUCAAAAGUCACGAAAAUUUGUUGUCCAAAUCGUUGGAAAAGGAAGAAAAUGUGAAAGCACAAUCCAUUUCGCCACCAAAAACGAGUUGGCAGGAACAACAUCACCUAAAGGCGCCCAAAAUUUGUGGAUUGAGUUCGUUGCAGCAGAAAAUUUCUCACAUGGAAUCGCCGUCAAAGAAGGCAAAUGUCCCCAAAUCCAACAGUUUUCGCGUUUACUCGUCCAGCAUCGACAGCAAUUUGGAAAAGAACAAUCUCCCGAGUUUACCGAACUUGAGUAAGAUUGUCGACGACAACGAUGACGACGUGAAAAGUGAUGAGCCCUUGAAGUUUUCUAGUCUAACGGAGCACUACACCGAGAAAAAACGCAAGUCGCAAGAAAAACUUCCCGAUUCGAGCAAACAAAAAUUCGAAAUUAACGACUUUAAUUUGGUGAAACAGCACAAAAAAGAGCCCGGAGUCGAAAUUGUUGGAGUUCUUAAGAAGAAAAAUAUCGUUUUGAAAGGUGCUGAAGAGUUAUCACAAUCGACGACGACCAAUAUCUCCCAAAUCGAGGAAAAUAUCGACAAAUUAAUGAAAAGUUCUGUCGUUACGAUGCUCAAAAAUGCAAGUUUCGAAGAAAAUGACGUAAAAAUGGAAAUUAUCGAUUCAUCGAGUGAGGAAAGUAUGACUCCCGAAAGCCCCCAAUCUCCCGUAAAGGAAGAGAAAAAAUCCGAAACAAACGAAACUGAAGCCAUCUUCCGUGAAAAACGCGUUUCUAGUGUUUUGGAACAAUUUGAGGCGAAACGCAGUCCGGAAUUCAAGGCAAAACCGCCAAUUAAGGUGACAAAACCUGAAACAGAGACCGUUGAGUUGCGCGACAAAGAGAUGAAACCUCCAAAGCCCCCAACGUCUUUCAGAAUUUCACCGAAAACGACUCCCGUUGAGAUUAUUCCGGCUUCGGAGACGCCCAGUAGUCCCGUGAAGUUGACGCAUAACGCAGUUUUUCAAGAGACAGAGCCCCGUAGAAGCAUCAUCGGAGACAAUGACGACCGAAAAGUGAUUUUGCAACGAAGAACUUCCGUGUCCGAGGAACGUUUGAAGUUCGAACGGAGAAUUUCCGGCGGAGCAUCGGACGACGGCUCGAAAGAUCACAAAAAAUCGCAAUCCGAGGAAGAUCUUGAGACAAAACCAAAGGAAAUGAAAAAGUCGGUCGCUAGCACGACAUCCGACGAAGACGAAACUCCCGUAGUUACGAUGCGUAAAAAGUCCAGCGAGAAGGUUUUUGACGCGUCGGGUACUAAAAACGACGAAACGCCGGAACUGAUGAAAGUUUUUGCGCGUCGCUCGCAAAAAAUCCAACUUGAUGACGACGACAAUGUUCAAGUGCAGGAAAUUAAGAAACUUAUCGCAGCUCACAACGUCGACAGUGACAAGGAAAAUCAAUCAAGUAGCGAGGAAAAGUUGGAUAAAAUCACGCAACCACAAGUAACGCCUCCUGCAAGUCAAGGAACGAACAACAACAUCAACAACAACAACGUGCCAACAAUCAAGCCCGCCACAACCGGCAUCAAGGAAAAUAAUGAAAAUGUGAUUCCGGUGAACGAUGGCAAAACAUUGUCGAAACCCUUUGGAACGCCAAGUCGGUUUAGCAACGUCUCCAAUUAUCGCAAUAGCACGACUUUCCUGGAAACGCGCAAUAAAACGAUGAAAAACAACAACAACAUGACAUCAUCAACAUCCGCAACGACGACGACAACAACAACGACAAUUACGAGCAAUAACAAACUAACGCAAGAUGUCAAGAACAACAAUUCCACAAACAUUCGUCACACAAUCGGUGCUAUCGAGAAAAUUGACACGGAACCCGAAGAAAUUGAGUUCAAGGGAAUUUUGCAGCGACGCGCCGAAUGGGAAAAACGCGCAAAAGAAGGAUUCAAAUAAAAAUCUUUAAAAAGUUUAAAAAAAGUUGUGCUUGUGAUAAAAAAAAAUAAAUUAACGAUUAGCUUCUUGAUGAAAAUUUCUUUUGUACUAAUAAUUUUUCAAAAAAAAAAAUCAUUCCUUAACAAUUCGACCAAUUUUUAGAGUAGCUUUUCUAUAAAUAUAAACAUUAAAAA